AUGAACAUGAAUGGCAAUGAUGACUAUGAUUCCCAAAUAUCGAUCUUGAUGGAUAUGUUUCCAACUGUUUCUGGAUCCAUAUUACAAGAGCAUUUACUCAAAAAUAAUAAUGACCUAGAAUUAGCAAUAUGCCUGCUACUAAAGGAGAACGACGAAGUGGCUACUACCGAUAAUGAGCUACAUCAACUAUACGAUAUGUUUCCUCACAUUGAUUGCGAUAUUAUAAAGGACCAAUUUACAGCCAAUGAGAAGUCUGUGGAAUUGACUAUUUCUGAUCUUUUAAAUUAUGAAAUCUUACAAAAGCUUAAAGAAGACCAAACCCCCUCCCAUGACAGCGUACAGCAGGAUGGAACAAAAAACAACUGGAAGCUAACAAACGAUCACAUACAGACUAUAAUAAAAUUUACUGACGCUCCCAAAAAUAUUGCACAGAAAUACUUUGUCGAAAAUAGCUUUGACUCAAUAAGCGCUGUUAUCAAGAUUGUAUUAGAUUACUAUGAUAAAGAUCAUUUUACACAAACUCCAACCACUGUCAACUCAAAAAUAAGACUCACUGCUCCUGUGAAAGGCGGUCGAGUUCAGUCAUCAAUGGGACUCGCACAUGUGUUAAAACAAGGGGAAAAGUCGACAAAAGAAAGUGGAGAAAAUAUCAAAAGGGUGAAAACUUACAAGCACUCAUCGAGUAGCCCCCAAAUGAUUGAAUUAAAUGAAAUGAUUGAAGGAAACCAUGACCUGAAAGCCAUAAACCAUGAAUUCCUGCAAAAAUGCUUGCAAUUUUACGAUGGAGAUAUAAUGAAAGUAUUAGACCUAUCCUCCUUACUGAUAAAAGAUGACAAAAGUAUCACCAAGACUUGGAAUUUUGACGGAGGCUUUACUUUGACAUCGCAAGAUAACUGUAAGCAACAUUCAAGCAAGCCCUCAACGCCACCGAAUUCCCACAAAAACUGUGUAAAAAAAUCACCCUUCCAAAAUAAGGAAACCCAUGAAGAAGCCGUCGCAAUUAUAAACAAUCUUUUCCAAACAUACCGAUUAGAUUUCCACGGCUUUCUACCUAACGAGGCGGUUUCAAUCUUGAAGCUUGCACUAAACAAAUGGUGGUCUAAGGAGGUCACAGAACGAGAGCUAAACUCUCAUAAUAUCAAUGCUUAUGGCUCUAAAGUACAAUUCGUGAGCCCGUUAGUUGUAGUUACUGGUAGAGGUAUCCAUAGUGUCGGCGGGAUCUCGAAAGUUCGACUGCAAGUUAAAAAUUUUUUGGAUAAGAACCACUACGUCUUUUGGGAAGAGUCUUCUUUUUUUAGAGUCGAGGGUAAGAAGAGGAAAUAA